GGUUGAGAAAGGCCCAUUAUUAAUCGUGUUUGGUGGUUCUUUCCUUUUUCCCUCCUCUUGGUUUCUUCUUUUCCUCCCCUGCAUUAUCCUCUUGUUAUUCUUGCCAUUGUUACGCCUCUUUUGUUGUGGCUCUUCUCCUUCUCUGCCUGAUCUCAUGUUGCUCUCCUACGUGCUCUUCUUCUUUGGCUUUCUUCUUUGUUUUCAUUGUAGUUGUCAUUGUUGUUUUCUUCUUCUUCUUUCGCUCUUUUUCUUCUUCUUUUGCCUUUUUUCUUCUUCCGAUCUUCUUCUUAUCGUCCUUUUUCUCUCUUUCUUGGUUCCCCUACUCUUCCGUCUCCUCGUCUUGUUCCUCGUCCUCCUCCGCCUCCUUGUUAUAUUAUAUCCCACAGGUUCAGUGAUCCUCUCUUAAAUGUUUCAGCAAUGAGGAACCUCUUCAUCAUCGCAGAGUCCCAGGUGCGGUGCCAGUUGUUGGCAUCUUCUCAAUGUGAUAACCAUGGACGUUCUGAUAAGGAAGACCGACUUGUGUGGCUCACCAUCAACCCUGAGAAUUCUCAUGUGUAUGCUGCAACUAUUGGAGGGAUGGUCUUUGGAUUCAGGCGCUCCAAUCCAUCGGAGAUCCUCUUCGAGUUUUCUCUACUAUCGCCUAAGGGCGGAGAGGAAACGGGAGGACUAGAGGACCAAUGCGAACAUCAGGCGCUGGAAUCAUUCGUAGAUCGCAUCAAAGCCUUUGAAUACUUGGUUGAAGAAGAGGCACUUCUUGUGGCUAUGGAGGCUGGAGAGUUGCUUCUUCUUCAUCUUGAACAGCACGAAAUUGAAUGCGUUGGGUUGAUCCAAGGUGGAAUUGCUGGUUUGUCCUGGAGUCCUGACGGGGAGGUCUUCGUUGUCACGACCCUGGACAGAAAACUGCUGAUGAUGACAAAGGAAUGGGAAGUCCUUGCAGAAGUGGACAUGGAAAGCGGCCAGCAGAGUCAGCGUGUUUGUGAUGUAAGGAUCAGCUGGCGGGGUGAUGGAAAGUACUUUGCAACAUUGAGUGGUGCUGGGCAGCAAGAGACGGAAGGAGAUGCGAUUGCCGACGUUGACCAGAGCUCUGGCCGGAGUGCCGAGAUAUGGGAGCGCGAGGGAUGUGUGCUGCAUUCCUGCACGGAGAAGAUGAAGAGUUUGAUGUGCCCGGUUGCAUGGCGGGCGAACGGGUCACUGAUUGCUGUGGCCAGGAAAGGAGGUAGCAGCUGCCAGCAAGUCACAGGCGGCAGAGGAAGCUCUAAGGUGGCAGAAGCCGCGGCAGACGGCGAAGAAGGAAAGAAUGGAGUUGAAGUGGUGUUCUUUGAGAGGAACGGGCUGCGAAGAGGGGGCUUUUGGUUGGACCGUACUCUUGAGGAUGGUUACCUCUGUGUAGCCGUUGAUCAGCUAUCAUGGAACAUGGAUUCGGAGCUGCUACUCGUGAUCGUACGUGGUAAAGAGCGGUCAUACGACAUUGUCCAGGUCUGGUUCCGAAAUAACUACCAUUGGUAUAUGAAGCUGGAGUGGCGGUUCGGGAUGGGCUUAGGGGUGCAUGCCUUUUGGGAUGCUGAGCGGCCACUGAGGCUGCAUGUAUGGACAGCUGUUGGUACCUAUAGAUGCAUUGAUCUUGGUUGGGACAGUGCUGUGGAGAGACGUGACCAAGGAGGAAGUCCCACGGCAGCAGUGAUCGAUGGACGUUUCCUUCGCAUUACGCCAUUGGCAAACUCUUUGAUUCCUCCUCCAAUGUCCGCGGCAGUCAUUGUCCACAGUGCUUGUGUUAGGUGUGCUUCUGUAUUGUCUUUAUCAGCAGGGUUGAGGAAAAUGGGAACCGCUGUGCCGGAAAGCAAUUGCUCUUCGAUGGUUGCAGCAGUCCUAUCCGAUGGCUCGCUGGCAAUCCAAAUUUCUGGUACGUUGAGCUGGAUAAGUGAAGAAGACGUAACAUCAGAGAACUCGCAGGAGAGUGUGGUCGAGGACGAGUGGGGAGGAGCUAUGCUGUCCGCAGAGAGGGUGGAUCUUAAUGGGCACAGAGUUUAUGCGAGAGAGUUGGCAUGGCUGUCACCUCAUUCUGUUCUGAUGGUUGUGUCCGCUUGCGAUGUGACCAUGCAGGGAGAAGAGUGUGGUGGCAGUUACAAUGCGGUUGACUCUGCAUCACGUGUAGGCGACUCGGAUGGGGAUCUGCUGGUGGAGGUCUUGCUAUUGUCAGAGGAAGGUGGGUUAGAAGAGAGAGGGGAGGGUGGGGAUGCGAGGAAACAGUGGAGGGGAACAGUUGUCCGUGAGACGCGGACCCGCUUGCCGGUGGUACGACUUUUACGAGAUGAUGUCUCUAGCUGGGCGGAGGGGACACCACCACCCUCAUCUGUUGACGGAUGCUCCAGAGUCCUCGUAGAAAUAGAAGAUGGAUCCGUGGACACAUAUCUAGAAGGUGUGGGGUUGAUCAGGAGGAAAGGGGAGGGCUUGAAUGCAGUCGUCGAAUCGUUUCCUGAAAGAUGCCCUUGGAUAGCAGCAGCAAGCUUCGGAAAGGGAGUUGAUCCCCAGAUUUGUGUGAUUGGCCUUAGCGGCAAGGGAUUGUUGUAUCUGGGCAAAAGGGUCUUGGCGGAAGACUGUGUAACGUUUGCUGUUCAUUUUGGCAGUCUUGCCACCACCGAAGGUGCCGAGGGGUCCGGAGGGGCAGAGGAGUGGGAGGGGGAGGAACAAGAGGCAGUGUGUAAUGUUGUGUUCACAACGCGGAGAGAUGUUAUGUAUGUCCUGCGAUUGGGGGAUUGGAUAAGUGCCUCCUUCCCAGGUUUGGGACUGAUGGGGAAGAAGACCAAUGGUGUCAGAGGGGAGGGGAAUUUCACGAUGCUCACAGGGGAUGAGGAUUUGACCGAGUUUGUUGCGAAGGAAUCAGUGGCAGCAGUAGGAAAGGUAGGCAGUAAGAUGGCACAGAGCAAGGAGAGAGGAUGCGAGUUUACAACACGAACAGUUUGGGAACGAGGUGCUCGUAUUGUGGCCGCACUUGGGGGAAAGGAGGCAGGUGUGAUUGUACAGACUGUGAGAGGGAAUCUGGAGACUGUCUUUCCCCGCGCCUUGGUCUUAGAGGAGGUAGGAAGGGCUAUCCGUACGGGCAAUUAUGGAAGGGCAAUGGAGAUGGCCAGAAGGCAUCGCCUGGAUUUGAAUGUCCUCGUAGACUAUGGGGGGUGGCGAUCUUUCCUGAAGAGAGGAGUGGAGAGGUUCUUGAAUGCAGUGGGAAACCUACGCCAUGUUUCAGAGCUUGUCCUGGCUCUCAACUCCAGCAAUGUGAUGGAGGGUGUCUAUCAUGGGUACAUAUCCAGCUGGGAUGGGGGGGUUGCGGGUGACCACCACCAUGGUCAUUUUGGUGCAAAUGGCAUCAACAGCCAUGGCGAUGUGUUUACAGCCAUUACCGGUGGUAAAUUUUUGAGUAGCGUCGAUGACACCGUCUUCGAGAAUGGGAAGGUGCAUGCGAUUUGCAAGGCAAUCCGUCAAACAUUGUUACAGAAAGGCCAGGACGAAGAUUUUGGGAAACAAAGGAGUAGAGAUUUAGAAUUGUGCGUGCUGACAACGCUCGCCCGAAGCGAUCCUCCUGAGCUCGAGGAAGCCUUAAGACGCAUCAAGUUAAUCAAAGAAGGAGAAUUUGGCAAAACUAUUGGCCAACAAGAGGAAGAGGAAGAGGGCAGCCAUAUGAUGAGGGACAAGCGGCAAAGGGGUCUGAGCACUGAAGAUGCGCUGAAGCAUCUAAUGUUAAUCAAAGAAGGAGAAUUUGGCAAAACUAUUGGCCAACAAGAGGAAGAGGAAGAGGGCAGCCAUAUGAUGAGGGACAAGCGGCAAAGGGGUCUGAGCACUGAAGAUGCGCUGAAGCAUCUAAUGGUUUUGACCGAUUCCAAUCGUCUCUUCGACACUGCACUGGGGAUCUAUGACCUGCAUUUGGCAGCAAUGGUUGCCUCGCACUCUCAGCGUGAUCCGAAGGAGUUUCUUCCUUUCCUUCAGGAACUAGAAGCAAUGCCACCACCACUGCUCCGGUAUACGAUUGACAAGAAGCUGAAUCGCAUGGACAGCGCACUUCGCAACUUGGCAGAGGCAGGCCCAGCUCAUCACAAGGAAUGUGUUGCUCUGGUACGUACCCACGUUGAGCUGUUUCCUGUUGCAAUGGAGCUCUUCUCAAGGAAUGAGGUGCAGCGAAAUGCGGUGCUUGAGGCAUGGGCUGAUCACAUGCUUUCGGAAGGAAGGCACUCAAAUGCGGCACUGGCCUAUUCCUCCUGUCGGCAGUGGUCGAAGGCGAUGACGGCAUACCGUGCAGGGGGUAAUUGGCGAGGGGUCUUGUCGUUAGCCGGCAAAUUAGGCUUCAAAGCCAAAGAACUCCAACUGCUUGCAAUGGAACUACGGGAUGAGCUAAAGGCGAUGGGCCACCCAGCGGAUGCCGCUAGAAUCUCUACAGAUUAUUUGGACGAUACUGAGAGCGCCACAGCGCUGCUGAUUGAAGCGAGAGAGUGGAUGGAAGCCCUGAGGGUGGGAUACCUCUGCAGGCAGAAGCCAGGAACAGAGGCGGGUACAACUGCUGAAGGUGUUGCUGACAUUGUGGAGACGCGCGUGGCACCUGUGGCAGUGGAGACGGCAAGAGUGCAGAUUGCUGAUUUUGAUGAAGAGGCAGAGAGGGUGGAGAAGUACCUGCGCAGGUGGAGGGAUGUGCACACACGGCGCUUGCAGCUCGCUGCACGCUUGGCAAGUGAAAGAGAUCGCUGGGAAGCUGCUGAAGGAAGAGGUGAUGACGAUGCGGAGUCUGUCACGGACAGUGUUGGUAGUGAUCUCAGCGCCUACGAGUCCAGAACAACGGGCAGUUCUGUUUCUGGAUCGUCACCAUCAAGAGCAGGCACUAGUUCUGCUUCGUCCUCAGGCGGGAAACAACUCGGCAAGAGGGCUUCUCGGCGUGCAGCCAAGAGGGCGGCAAAGGGUGGACGUAUCAGAAUCCGUGCGGGAAGUCCGGGGGAGGAGCUUGCUCUCUUGGAGUACGUGAAGGGACUUUCGAUUACGGCAAGAGUCCAGGAAGAGAUCGGACAGCUAUCGGAGGUGCUGGUCCUGUUGGGGAAAGAAGGGCUAGCAGGCCAGCUUCAGCACCGCGUGGGUGAGUUCAUGGAAGUGCUGCAGAAGGCAGUUCAAGAAAUGGCAAGCUCCAUAGACCAGGAAUCAACUGGCAGCCAAGUCAAAGUCAAUGGUGGUGUUGAACAACCACAGCAAAUGGAUCAUGUCAACUCAACGGGUCACAGGCCGACAAUAGGCAGAGUACUGACAGGAAACGGCAACAUUGAGGGGAAAUCAAAGGCACCCACUGGAGCGGAUGACGGCGCCCAGUGGAGGUGGGCGAUUCUCGAUGUCCAUGGACGACUUCCUGCUCCAUCAUCUUGAUUGGCGAUGCCUGAGGGCAAAGCGACUUUGCUCUCCUUCGUCUUGAUCUGCUAUGAUGCAGAACAGAGUGGUUCCUGACGAAGGUGGCGACUUCCUUCUGCUUCGUCUUCCAUUGGUUAUGGUGUCGAGGAGAGUGGUGCUGGCCGAGGGGACGACUUGCUUCUCCUUCGUCUUGUUCCUUCUGCUUCGUCUUCCAUUGGUUAUGGUGUCGAGGAGAGUGGUUGCCGACAAAGGUGAUGACGUCCUUCGCCUUUGUCUUGAUCGUUUCGUUUUGAUUGGCUAUGUUGUUGAAGCGAGGGCUUGCUGGCCGAGGGGACGACUUGCUUCUCCUUCGUCUUGUUUGCGAUGGUGUCGAAGAGGGUGGUUGCCGGUGAAGCUGACGACUUUGUUCUCCUUCGUCUUGACGGGCUAUGGUGUGAGUGGUCACCGACCAAGGCGACAUCUUCCUUCUCCUUCAUCUUGAUUGGCUAUGGUGUCGAACGGAGUGGUUGCCGGACAUGGUGGCAACUGCAUUCUCCUUCGUGUUGAUUGGCUAUGGUGUCAAACGGAGUGGUUGCAAGAGUGAGGGGGGCAUUUGGUGGAGGUGGAUGAUUCAAUCCGUGACUGGCGAUGGGGUCCAGACAGCAGCAUCUUAUGCACAGAGUGUAUGUCAAGUAUUUGUACAGCAGCUGUUGUGGGAACACUCUCAUUAAUGUCUUGCUUCCAUUAGA